UUGAAGGAAAGUAGAGCAAAUGACCUAACCUUAAACAACCGUGGGAAGUAUUUUAUGUUCCGUAUCGGUGUUUUGCCCGAUAUUUGCGGCGGCGCUCCGACGAGAGAAGAAGAGGUAUGGCGGAUAUACCAUAGUUUUCAACGGAAUAGAAAUUCUCCCUCUGUGCCGAGUUUUUGUAUUUCUAAUCGCGCUCUUCCCCGCGAUUUCCUUUCAUCCAACACCAAUGCAUCGAAUUCCCGCUUCGAAUCUCACCAAACUCUCGAAGCCCUUCGUCUUCCUCGCUUCAAUUCCCAAAUCAAAUUUCUCUUCUGCUUCAUCCUCAACAUUUUUACAAUCAGUUCCUCGGUCCGAAACUAAAUUAAUCGUCAACCCUCUUUACCAUUUUCUCCCACAAAACCAAAACCCCUUCAACAUCGUCGAACUCGUCUCCUCGCACCUCAAAACCAGCAACACGCACUUAUCCCUUCUUCAAUCCGACAUUAAGGAGCUUCUUCCCCACUUGGGUCAUCGUGAAAUCUCCAAGAUUAUAUUGAGGUGCCAAUCUAAUUUCGUCUCUGUUCUUGCUUUUUUCAAUUGGGUUAAAUUUGAUUUGGGGAUUACACUUAAUUCUCAAAACUAUUGUCUUAUCAUCCAUAUAUUGGCAUGGUCCCGACAAUUUUCCAUGGCGAUGAAAUUCUUGUCUGAAUUGAUUGAGUUGUCUAAGGAUAAUGCCUCAGGUAGUGAGGAUGUUUUUCAUAAUCUGGUAUUGUGCACUGAGCACUGUAAUUGGAAUCCUGUUAUCUUUGAAAUGCUUAUUAAGGCGUAUGUGAAAGUUCAUAUGAUUCAGGAAAGUUAUGAGAGCUUUAAGAAGAUGGUGAAGAUGGGUUUUGUUCCAAGUGUGAUUGCUUGUAAUCGUAUUCUAAAUGGACUGGCGAAGAUGAAGUGUGAUGCUCAAUGUUGGGAGCUCUAUGAAGAAAUGGGAAGGAUUGGAGUUCAUUCAAAUGCAUAUACUUUUAAUAUCUUGACUUAUGUUUUGUGUAGAGUUGGGGAUGUAAAUAAGGUUAACGAGUUCUUAGAAAAGAUGGAAGAAGAGGGUUUCGAUCCUGACGUCGUGACGUACAAUACUUUGAUCGAUAGCUAUUGCCGAAGAGGAAGAUUAGAUGAUGCAUUCUAUUUAUAUAGGAUAAUGUUUAGAAGGGGUGUGAUGCCUGAUCUUGUUUCGUAUACUUCCUUGAUGAAUGGUCUUUGUAAGUUUGGAAGGGUAAGAGAGGCCCAUCAGCUAUUUCAUCGAAUGAUCGAUCGAGAAUUGGAUCCCGAUGUCGUAUUGUAUAAUACGCUAAUUAAUGCAUAUUGCAAGGAUGGAAGGCUGCAAGAGGCAAGAUCAUUGCUACACGAUAUGAUUCGAAUUGGCAUUUGCCCUGACAGUUUCACUUGUAGGAUUAUGGUGGAAGGAUAUGGAAGAGGAGGUAGCUUGAUCUCAGCUUUGAAUUUGGUUGUCGAACUUCGGAGACUUGGAACGAUUGUUACAUUCGACAUAUAUGAUUAUCUCAUCGUCUCGUUGUGUCAGGAAGAUCGUCCAUUUGCAGCUAAGAGUGUUCUUGAAAGAAUCAUUAAAGAUGGUUUCCAACCCAAUGCUUGUAUCUACAACAAGCUGAUUGAAUGUUUCUGUAGAGUUCAUAAUGUUUCUGAGGCACUGCUUUUGAAAUCUGAAAUGAUAAGGAGAAAUUUAAAACUUAGCAUUGAUUCAUACAAGCCUCUUAUAUCCUGUUUGUGUGGAAUCAAUAGAAGUGUAGAUGGUGAAGAUUUAAUGGUAGAAAUGGUUGAAUCUGGAGUGCUUCCGGAUCAUCAAAUAUGCAGAGUAUUGAUAAAUGGAUACUGCAAAGAAGGGAAUGCUUAUAAAGCAGAAUCAUUAUUGGUAUCAUUUGCUAAAGAUUUUGAGUUCUUUGACACUGAAAGUUUCAAUGCCUUGCUUAAAUUUCAUCGCGAUUUUGGUAAUGAAACGGAGUUGAUGCAGCUGCAAGAUCGAAUGCUGAAAGUCGGUUUCGUUCCGAAUAGCUUAACGUGCCGAUACGUUAUCCAUGGAUUAUGGAAAUCUGCAAGGCUCGACAAGCGGAGAGUUCAGGCUCCUCUCUGCCAAAGAGGGUGACACAGAGAUAUGUGAUUUGGUAAGUUGAAGCAGUCGUCGGCACUGGAAUCAUUGCAGCGACACACCAGGAUGGUUGACGUCCAAGUGACCAUUUGAAUGCCAGAGAGCUCACAAGCAGAAUCACAACAGUCGUCGGCACACCAGGAGGGUCAACGUCCAAGUGACCAUUUGAAUGCCAGAGAGCUCACAAGCAGAAUCACAGCAGUCGCCGGCACACUAGGAGGGUCAACGUCCAAGUGAUCAUUUGAAUGCCAGAGAACUAUGAACUAAGGCAUCUCCAUCAUAGAAAAGUACUUUAAUCAUGUUGUUCUAAUUACCACACGAUAUAGCCAAGAUCUAUUAAAGUUGAACUCAAGGUGCAGUCAAUUUCACACUAAUUUAUACUAAUUUAUGCAACAAAGUUUCAAGAUACUUCAAAUGCGGCGUGUAUUUUAAGGCUUGUUUCUAUAGUGGCUAAUUAUGAUCAUAAAG